AUGCAGAAGGCAAGAAGGCUGGAAUGUAAGACAGCUGUAAGAGGACUCAACAUGGGUCGCGGCCGAGGCAGAGGGCGAGGCAGGGGCAGAGGCUCGGCGGGCCACUUGCGCUCACCCUCGCCCUACAGACUGCAGCUCUCUCCUUCUAGAGAGACGCUGACAUACGCCCAGGCGCAGAAGAUCGUUGAGGUGGACUUGGACGGCAGGCUGCAUCGAAUCAACAUCACAGACCCUUUGCCAGUGAUCACUGAGGACGAAAUGAUGGCCCAGGAUAUCGCAGAGUGUAACAGCAACAAGGAGAACAGUUUGCAGACUCAAAAGAAGAAGCCCAGCCCCAACAGUAAAGGGAGAAGGAAUUGCAAAAAUGAUUCGCAGCAGAACAAACGAUCCAGCUCCCAGCAGCAAACGGCAUCUACCAAUUCGCUGCAGCUUCAGAGUCCACUACCUGAGCCUACCUUCCGCACGCUGGGAUCCGUUUGUACCCCGGAUGCCACUCCCCUGCCGGCCGCGUACUACCGCUUCAUUGAGAAGUCCAACGAAGAGCUGGACAGAGUGGCUGAGUACGACAUGGACGAGGAAGACCUAGCCUGGCUGGAGAUGGUAAACCAGAAGCGAGUGUCCGACGGUCACGCGUCGGUGUCCGCAGACACCUUUGAGCUGCUGAUAGACCGCCUGGAGAGGGAGUCCAUCUUGGAGUCCCGCAGCCAGGCACUGUCCCAGUGCGCCGUGGAUGAGGACGCCUUCUGCUGCGUGUGCCUGGACGACGAAUGUCUGAAUAGCAACGUCAUCCUUUUUUGUGACAUCUGCAACCUGGCAGUGCAUCAGGAGUGCUACGGCGUGCCGUACGUACCUGAGGGCCAGUGGUUGUGCCGCUGCUGUCUGCAGUCGCCUUCCCGCCCUGUAGAUUGUGUACUGUGUCCCAACCGAGGAGGUGCCUUCAAGCAGACCUGCGACGGGCGUUGGGCUCACGUGGUGUGCGCCAUAUGGAUCCCGGAGGUAUGCUUUGCCAACACAGUGUUCCUGGAGCCUGUAGAGGGGGUAAAAAACAUCCCUCCUGCCCGCUGGAAGCUCACUUGUUACCUGUGCAAGCAGAAGGGUCGGGGGGCGUCUAUCCAGUGCCACAAAGCCAAUUGCUACCGCGCCUUUCACGUCACCUGUGCCCAGAAAGCCGGACUCUACAUGAAGAUUGACCCCGUCCGGGAAACUGGCGUGAAUGGGACCACCUUUUCUGUUAAGAAGACUGCCUUCUGUGAGCACCAUUCCCCGGUGGGGUCACGGCAAGACGGGUCAGGGGACGAGUCGGUGGAAGGGAGACUGGUGGGGGGAAGGGGAAACCGAGGACAGAGGUCCUACACUCAGAGUUCACCCACGCCCCCGGCAAAGAAGUCAUCCAAGGGACAAAAAAAGAAGGGUAAAGGACCUGGCGGGUCUACACGUCGCUCAAACGUGCCUGUGCUGCUUGUGCCUCAAAUUCCUUCUCACAGGCUGAACAAGAUUUGCACAGGAGUAGAAGUUCAGCGGAAGAAUCAGUUCAUGCAGAGGCUUCAUAAUUACUGGCUACUGAAGCGACAGUCUCGGAACGGAAUGCCUUUAAUACGUCGACUUCACUCCCACAUGCAGGCCCAUCGGACUGCUGAACAGAAGGAGCCCGAUGAGAAGCUGUGCGCUGCUCGAGAGGAGCUGCGUUAUUGGCAAAAGUUGCGGCAAGACCUGGAAAGAGCGAGACUCCUGGUGGAACUCAUUCGUAAGAGAGAACGGCUAAAGAGGGAACAGGUGAAAAUUCAGCAGGCUGCCACAGAGCUGAAGUUGACGCCGGCACUGGUGCUCCUCCGGACCACCUUGGAGCAGCUGCAGGAGAAGGACACGGCCAAAAUCUUCUCCCAGCCAGUCAAUCUUGCAGAGGUCCCAGACUACCUAGAGUUCGUAUCCCGACCCAUGGACCUGUCCACCAUGCGGGUCAAGUUGGAGAGACACGCCUACUGCUCCGUGGCAGACCUGGAGGAGGAUUUUGAGCUCAUGAUCUCCAACUGCCUAAAGUACAACUCCAAGGACACUAUGUUCCACAAAACAGCUUUGCAGCUGCGCGAGGUAGGCGGGGCUGUCUUACGCCACGCCCACAGGCAGUCGCAGAGCAUUGGCCUGGACCCCAGCACGGGCAUGCACCUGCCCGAGUCUCCCAACAAGCAUGGCUUCCAGCAGUGCACCUGGGAUGACGUUGACUCCCUCUUGGAUCCUGACAACAGGCUUCACCUGAGCACGGAAGAGCAGCUCAAAGCCUUGCUUGACAAACUGGACGUAGUGACGUCCAUGCGGACAAGCGGCGGACGAACCAAACGCAUUCGGCUACUGCGUCGAGAAAUCAACACUCUUCGGCAGAAGGUGAACCAGCAGCAGCAAACUGCCCAGAUGCUUAACGCCAAGAAUGAUGAUGAUGAGGAAGACGAGGAGGAGAGAAAGGAACCGAAGAGGGCCAAAAAGAAGAUUAUGGAUCAUGGAGUGGUAGCAGGUAAUGACUCCCCUCCUGUGUUAGAACUUACGUGUCCAGCGUCAUCACCGCUACCAGGCGACGCGCCGCUGGAACCGCCUAUUUUGGGCAUCAUAACUGGAGGCCGACGGUCACCCGGGCGUUCCUACAAGCGUCAGAGAUCGUCCCGGAGCGUCAUCAAAAAUCACGGUGAGGACGAGGCCGAAGUGGGCGAGACGCCAUCUUCCCGACCGGAAGUCGUACACGAAGGCACGCCCCUGGGAACGCCACCCCCUCUGCCUGUCGUGGGUGUAGGCAGGCGUACAUCCGUGCUGUUCAAGAAGGCCAAAAAUGGCACAAGAGCAGGCAAAAAGAAAUCUCCAUCGCAGCACAAUGGAAAAGCGACAGAGGAUCCGACCGACAGAUUGGCCGGAGCCCCCGCUAGCCCGCAUUCGCCUCAUGUUAACAUCACCCCUUUACAGACUGGUCCUCCCUCGCCUUCAUCACACCACCUGAGGUCUCAAGGCCACAGCUCAGACAGCGAGGCGGAAAAACACUUUGGAGAGGGAGACCUACCAAAUGGAAAACACGCCUCAGACGAACAAGAUGAUGACCAAAAACUCAACAGCGAGGCAAACCCUCCGAAACGCAGUCGAGGGAAACCCGCUCUCGCCAAGGAACCCAUCAGCGACAAUGGAGAUAUCUCAGAAUCAGGCAAACCUACACUUCUUUGUCGAGACAGCGAGACAGAGUUGGCCCCUCUUGAUCUGGUGUGGGCCAAAUGCAGAGGCUACCCAUCAUACCCAGCCAUGAUCGUUGACCCAGACAUGCCCCAGGAAGGACUCCUCCACAACGGCAUCCCCAUCCCAGUGCCUCCCGUGGAGGUGCUCAAGCUGGGCGAGUGGAGGGGAGCGGAGGUGGGACAAAAGCUCUUCCUGGUGCUUUUCUUUGACACUAAAAGAACUUGGCAGUGGCUCCCUCGGGAUAAACUUCUGCCUAUGGGAAUGGACGACACCGUGGACAAACUGCGCCUGAUGGAAGGCAAGAAGCCGAGCGUUCGCAAGUCUGUGCACACGGCGUAUGACCGUGCCAUGAUGCACAUGAACCGCAUCCGAGACAACCUCAAUUUCACGCCCACCUCCAACUUUUUAUGA